CUUACGAGAGGGUGGACCUGCAGAGGUAGAUGAUUUUUGUUAGGCUUCUUCUCCUACAGCUACACCUAACCACUCUCACUGUUCUAACUUCGAACCUUUCAAGGUAAAAGGGAACUCUUUCUCUCACGAACACUCACACACAAACACCGCAUUGAGCGCGUUGUCAGAGAUGACAGCAUAUAAAUUACACCCGGUAUCCUACAUGCAUACACAAAGCUGUAGCUGUGGUAAAAUAUAACGAACAUCGGGAGCUUGGUUCGCUUCGUUGCAUGGGGGACUCACUGCAUAUCCAAAAGGCAGAGCCUGUCCCCUGACCAACAGACUAAUUCAUUUGAAUUAGUUCAUGGAUUUAAUCAUCGCCGAUGUCACGAGAUACGUAACGGAUACGGGGAUUAAUAUUACAGGCACCGAGAGUUUACACCGCGCCCGGUGUACUGACAUUCUCCGCAACGACUCGGUAUAUGAAACCGGUGCCUCGGUAACGAGACCGACGGAGAACAUCAGUUAUUUCAGUAAGGCUAUCGUGCCAUUUCGAUAUACCAUGGUUCCGGGAUUUGAAUAGGUAGGCUAUCGUAACGAUACCCACUGGGAGUCAUUAGAACAAAAAGGGCUCCUUCAAUUUUCUACGCCUGCUUCGCGGCAGCAGGUUGGGGAAAUAGCCACCACCACCAGGAUUGCACAAGUCUCCAAUUCACAUGGGCGAAGGCAGGGCUCGGUUCUGCUUUGGUUGGACCCGGGCUCGCUGUCAAGAACAAGACAAAGGUGUGUCGGACCCUGGGAGGGAACCAGAAACGCGAGAGAGAUGGGCCGAACUGUUCGACCAACUGGACCUCAAUAAAGACGGUAAAGUCGACAUCAACGAGCUGAGGAUAGGACUCGCUGCCCGCGGUUUACUUCGCAGUGACGCGGAGGAGAUAGUGCGUGAGAGUGACACCAACCAUGAUGGCUUGCUGGACUUUGAGGAGUUCUCUCAGUACCUGUGGGCCCACGAGAAGGAACUGCGGCUCAUGUUUCACACACUGGACCGCAACCAUGACGGGCGCAUUGAUGUCGGGGAGAUUCAACAAUCGCUGCACAACCUGGGACUGGAGGUGUCCACAGAACACGCCAUCAAAAUACUACAGAGUAUGGACAGGGACGGCACCAUGACUAUCAACUGGAAUGAGUGGCGAGAUCACUUCCUGUUUAACCCUCUUCACAACAUGGAGGGCAUCGCCCACUACUGGAAACAUUCUCUGAUGUUUGACAUCGGAGAGCACAUGACAGUGCCUCCAGAGUUUUCCCAACAAGAGCGCCAGUCGGGGGUAGUGUGGAGGCAGCUGGUUGCCGGGGCGAUGGCAGGGGCGGUGUCACGUACAGGAACCGCCCCCCUCGACCGUCUCAAGGUCUUCCUACAGGUGCAUGGCUCCAGCUCUAGGGGGAUCAACCUGUGGACGGGGCUGAGGGGUAUGGUCCAGGAGGGGGGUGUACGAGCCCUCUGGAGGGGCAACGGCAUCAACGUCCUCAAAAUAGCCCCAGAGUCUGCCAUCAAGUUCAUGGCCUAUGAACAGAUCAAGUGGUUGAUCCGGGGCAGAAAUGAAGCGGGUACUCUGCGGGUGCAGGAGAGGUUCAUCGCUGGCUCUCUGGCUGGAGCCACCGCACAGACCAUCAUCUACCCUAUGGAGGUGCUGAAGACUCGUCUGACCCUGAGGAAGACUGGCCAGUACUCUGGCAUUGUAGACUGUGCCCGUCAGAUCCUGAGGAAGGAGGGGGUGCGAGCCUUCUACAGGGGCUACGUGCCCAACACACUUGGCAUCAUACCAUAUGCUGGCAUAGACCUGGCCGUCUACGAGACUCUGAAGAAUGCCUGGCUCCAGCGGUACAGUAAGGGCUCUGCUGACCCGGGGGUGUUGGUACUGCUGGGCUGUGGUACUGUGUCUAGUACCUGUGGACAACUGGCCUCCUACCCCCUGGCUCUCAUUAGAACACGUAUGCAGGCCCAGGCCUCCACUGAGGGCGGGCCCAAGCUGUCCAUGGUCGGUCAGUUCAAGCACAUCAUAUCACAUGACGGGGUACCUGGGCUCUACCGCGGCAUCGCCCCCAACUUCCUGAAGGUUAUUCCUGCUGUCAGCAUCUCGUACGUGGUAUACGAACAUAUGAAGAAGGCUCUGGGUGUGAAAUCGUAGAGAGAGGAAGUGAGAGGCAGAAGAAAGAGAGGGAUAUAGAGUGCAGCUCUUGGAUUUCAAGAUGGAGAGGAAGACAGCAGAGGAUUGAGGGAUAGAAGACCCUUUCAUACACAUUCAGUAAGCUUCCCGUUUACACCUAGCUAGACAGAUAUACUCACUGUUUGAAUCUCUCAGCCCCUCUGACGCUGUACCGUCAUUAAGAAAGAGGGAAGAGUCUGCUAUCAGGCUGAGCUGAAGUCUGUAAGAAACGGCUGUGUCCGAGACCGAUUAGGAGGAGGAGGUGUGAGAGCGAGAGAGAGGAAUGAGAGCGAGAGAGGAAUGAGAGCGAGAGAGAAAGUGGAAGAGAGAGAGAGAGAGAGAGAGAGAGAGAGUGUGUGUGUCUCGGCAGAAUCUGGGCCAUUCUUCCUCUUUGUUUCUGAGCUGUAAACCCCAUUAUAGUCACAUGUCCACAAUAAGUCUGUGUGUUGCCCUCCAACCAAACACAGUGAAGCACACAGUACAGUUUGUAUACCUAUAUGUAGGCACUUAUCUAAGGUCAGUUUCAUGUUUUGUGAAUAUAAAGUGAUCUUCCUCCAAUGACCUUGACAUGUACUGUAUAUUGAUACAGUAUGUAUUUUGUAAGGGAAAGAUUCUGAACACAUUUGUAAGAGAUACUUAUACAGGGUCGUAUACAGAGCUGUUCCUCUGACCUAGUUCAUGAAUGGCUUUGCACUUUUUAGAAAGGGAAUGUUUCUCCCCUAUUUCAAGUGGCUCUCAGUCAGGUCCAAAAUUAUUGGCACCCUGAUAAAGAUGAGCAAAACAUACUAAAUAAUGCACAUUUUGACCUAUAUUGUCUGCUCCAAAAAAUGUGAACAUUAUAUAAUUUUAUACUAAGACAAUUACUCAGAGAAAGAAAUUUUGUCUAAAGCUAGAAUCCUUAAAUAACAAAGUGGUCAACCAAACACUUUUUUGGUAAAAAGCUGAAGGAUGGGCCUGGAGAAAUAUAACCACUCUCAAAUUCAUAGACAGAGCUACGGAUGUCAGGACUGACCAUCAAUGAGAUGAAAGUGAUAGUUUUAACCAUGUUUUGAGGCUAUACAUUUACAUUGUUUACAAACAUUGGAGUAAAACAAGCUUAUAUUUUGGGUUCUGAUGGGGAACGACAGUUGAACUAAGCUCAUGAGGCAUUCAAAAAUUAUAUUCUUCAAUAAUCAAUGGGUAUAUAUCAUGAAUUUAUAAGUCUAAAAAUGGAUGUAGCAACUAAGGAUUCUUGCUUUAACAAGUGAAAAAAAAAACAUUUAAAAAAGUGGUCAAAUUUACUGCCACCCCUGUUAUCAUUACCUUUCAGGCACUGAGCCUUUUUCUCAAAAUGUUUUAUGAGAUUGGAGAACACAUUGGGAGGGAUCUUAGACCAUUCCUCCAUACCACUGGUUUUC